UAAACGUUUAAUGCGUGGUGAUAUCUAAUUAAAAUAAACAUGGUGCGUUUCUGGAAUUAAAUGGAAAUGGAUAAGCAGAUUAACCUUGCAAAUAUGUAUUGGCAAUAACAAGAAGACACUCGAGGCUUGUGACAGGGCAUCUGGGACUAAGAAGUCUAAACAGGUCCAACAGAAUUUCUUUAAAGAACACAUCAAUUGCUGGCAACAUAAUUUAUCCAUAAUGGAGAUUGCUGAACCAGAUAAGCCCAUUGGAUAUGGAGCAUUUGGAGUUGUGUGGGCAGUUAAAGACCCAAGAGAUGGAAAACAAGUUGCUUUGAAGAAAAUGCCAAAUGUUUUUCACAACAUUAUGUCCGCUAAGAGGGUGCUGAGAGAGUUGAAGAUGCUGUGUUAUUUUAACCAUGAAAAUGUUCUAUCAGCAGUUGAUGUCCUUCCCCCUGUUGACAGCCCAUAUGAAGAGAUGUACGUCAUCACACAACUGAUGCACACAGACCUUCACAAGAUCAUUGUUUCCCAACAAUCCUUGUCGGCUGACCACAUCAGACUUUUUCUAUACCAAAUUUUACGAGGUGUAAAAUAUUUACAUGGGGCGCGAAUCCUCCAUCGAGAUAUAAAACCGGGCAACCUUUUGAUAAACAGUGAUUGUCGUUUGAAGAUUUGUGACUUUGGUUUAGCAAGGUUGGAAGAACCAGAUGAAUCAAAAUACAUGACCCAAGAAGUGGUUACGCAAUACUACAGAGCCCCAGAAUUGUUACUAGGAGCCCGACAUUACGGGACCGCAGUCGACAUUUGGAGCAUUGGUUGUAUUUUUGCUGAACUUCUUUCAAGACGUAUUUUAUUCCAAGCCAACAGUCCAGUCACCCAGAUCGACAUGAUAUACAAUCUACUAAUGGAUUCAAACAUCAGCUCCACUCAGCAAUUCUCUCAACGUAGUGGCAACCCUGCAAGGGACAUGGAGGCGAGAGCACAGCUGUAUCAGUCCGUGUCUCGCAUGCCAGCCGCACCUAGUACCUUCUACCACCUUGCCCCUAACAUGACGCACGAAGCAGCUCAUCUGAUAUCCAGACUUCUUGUAUGGGACCCGAACAAACGCGUUUCUUGCGCUGAAGCAUUACGUCAUAUCUACCUCCGUGAAGGCAGGCUACGCUACCACACAAGUUUAUGUCGCUGUUGUUGUAUAACAGCGGAGGGUAUAAGACACGCGGCAGAUCAUGAUUUUGAGCCUGUACCGGAUUCUGUGUUUGAUGAUUCCUAUGAAGACGAGCUGAGAACUGUAGAUGACGUCAGAAAUGCGGUGACAGACUUCAUCAACAGCCAGCCAUGCGGACGGAAGGCUCCACUUCGUAUUAAUCCAAACAGCGCAGUGUUUCCAAGAUUUGUUGCUUCUACCGUUGCACAUUCCCAUCCUGUGCCAACCUCUACGAAAAUGCCGUAAUGUGCAACACUGCUGUUUUACUGAGGCCUAUGUAAGCUUGACUGACCAGGAAGAGAUACACAUCAAAAUGUUAUUUGCUCAAAAUAGCAUACAAUUAAUACGUAAUAUGAGUUAUAAAAAUUGUAACCUUAACAUUUUUUUCAGUUUCGUCUUUUUACGUGUGUAUUUCGCGGGUGAUUUUCGGUGCUGUAGUUGUACAUACAUGUUCUCUGUCGUGUGCCUAUAGUUAACAGCAUAGGCAAUUGAACACACGGUGCAUUAACCAAACACGCACUGCUGCUAGAGAUUGUCUACUGCUUAUAAGCCCACUAAUGUUGCAAUGUUUUUACCUUUUCCCUUUGCACGCUGCCCAGCAUGUCACUGACCGCGUGCAUGAGGUCUUACCUUGUCGGUACUCCCUAAGUAAGCCAUGCCACCGGCAUAUUGCUACCUUUGUAUAACGACUGUGUUUUAAUUGCGAUUUAGUAGAGCGGCCAAGUCUUUGUACCGAAUACACAUUUCCUAUUGAACUUUCGAUGUGUGAUCGUCGUUUUACUGUUUUAUUUGCUGUCGUUUUAUGCGUGUGUUUUAAUUCAUAUUACCUGUCGUAUAAUCCCUUCGUAUCACCUUGUAAUCGGCGAUACAUUACUUACCUAUCGGCGUAAAUGAAGCGACGUUGGUACCAGACACUGUUUUUACCAAAGCACGCUAAUCAUUACGUAUUGAUCACCUUAUUGCUGGUUCAUAUGGGUUUGUUUUCAUAUUGAACUUAACGUACAGUGCUAUUAAUACACUGCUGCCCCACCUAAUUGACUGGCAAGCAUAUCAGUCUUUUAGAAUUACAACUAUCUUCGCCUGCAGCGAUUUGCUGUUCUGUGCACAUUCGUCUGAUUUUUUAUUGUGUUUUAAGUUUUAUUAAAAUACCUGUACAGACCGCAAUUACCACACGUGAAACUACAACAUCUGAUCGCAUCCCGUACCGUGUUUUGUCGCCGCUUUUUUUCAUCAAAUCACUUUUGUGUUUUUUAUCUUUUCAUUUGUACCAUUGUGAUUAUUUGUAUUAAAAGAGAUCCAACCUG